UUGUUAAAUAUAGUAAGACCAGUUUCAUUGGACAUAAAACAGUAUUAACAUUUUAAAACAGACAGUCAGUUAAUAUAAUGUCCUACUACAAGAUCCAAUCUUUCAUGGACAAAUAAAUAGAUAUCUUCAGUAGGAGUGUGUGCAUUUUAGAAGAUACAGACUCAUCUUUGGUGUUCUCAGGAAAAGACAUCAGUUCGGGAACUGCAGGUGAGGAAAACCCUGCAGACAUAGAUCUAAUACCUCUGAAGAUGGCAGCAGAUGGUAUAAUUCUAAGGCCUACAAAGGAAAUUGAACACCUGUAGGUAUAUGGCAGUGAAUAAUGGUCAACCAACAGGAAUCCUUGCUUCCGAGCCAUGCACCCUGUCUCCAGAAACAAAUAUUCUGUCCUCAGAGACAAGUGUACCAUCCUCCAAGUCAAACAUCCAGCCUUCACGGUCAAGUGCCCAAGCCUCUGAGUUAUACCUUCUGCCAUCAGAAAAUCGUGUCCUGCCCUCAGGGUCAAACACCCUACCCUGAUGGAAAAGAUGAAAUAAAGGUUAACGAGAGUACAUAUCACCAAAAGAAAGUCUUGCCAUUGAUUGGAAUUGAUGUAGAUACAUCAUAUGACAAAGAUUCUUUCUCACACUGUGUUAAGGUGGAUACUUUCAAACUCUCUCAGUACAAAAGUAGUUCUCAUCUGGCAGUAACGUGUAGUGAACUAAGUGAUAGUGAUGAUUCGUGUAGUGUUGGGUACUCUACCACAGAAUGUACUUCGUAUACUGUCGAGACUUCCACCACAGAGGGUGCUUCGCAUAGCAUCGCACACUCAACCACAAAAUGUGCUUCACACAGCAUUGUGUAUUCGACCACAGAGUGUUCUUCAUAUAGUGUUGAGUACUCUGCUUCAGAGUGUGCUUCACAUACCAGAAAGAACUUGGCCAUAAAGGGAGCUUCACAUACCAGAAAGAAUUCAGCUGCAGAGGGUGCUUCACAUACCAGAAAGAAUUCAGCUGCAGAGGGUGCUUCACAUACCAGAAAGAAUUCAGCUGCAGAGGGUGCUUCACAUACCAGAAAGAAUUCAGCUGCAGAGGGUGCUUCACAUACCAUUAAGAAUUCAGCUGCAGAGGGUGCUUCAUAUGCUAGAAAGAAUUCAGCUGCAGAGGGUGCUUCACAUACCAUCAAAACUUUAGCUGCAGAGGGUGCUUCACAUAUUAGAAAGAAUUCAGCUGCAGAGGGUGCUUCACAUACCAUCAAGAAUUUAGCUGCAGAGGGUGCUUUACAUAUCAGAAAGAAUUCAGCUGCAGAGGGUGCUUCACAUAUUAGAAAGAAUUCAGCUGCAGAGGGUGCUUUACAUACCAGAAAGAAUUCAGCUGCAGAGGGUGCUUUACAUAUCAGAAAGAACUUGGCCAAAAGGUGUUGUUCUCUUGGCAUUAAGUACUCGACUACAGAAAGUGCUUCAUAUAAUGUUGGGUACUCAACUGCAAAGUGUGCUUCACAUGUCAAAUUCUCAGAUGAAGAGUGUGCUUCACAUGGUGUUGGAUACUCAGUCACCGAGAGUGCUUCAUAUAGUGCUGAGUACUCAACAUCGGAGUGUGCUUCACAUGGCGUCGAAUACUCAGUCACAGGGAGUGCUUCAUAUAAUGUUGAAUACUCAGCCUCAGAGUGUGCUUCACAUGGCGUCGAAUACUCAACCACGGAGUGUGCUUCACAUAGUGUUGAGUACUUUCACUCGGAGUUGAAUGCAGUUUCUGCAGCCCCAGCUAUCAAACCAGGCAGUAGGUGUAAGAAAGUAUGCUUUCCAUGGAACAAGACAGCUUCCAAACCACGACCACUAAAGAAACUUUUUAAAAUGUUCUGUCUGCCGACAACUGGUUACAGUAAUGCAGUAACAUGUUUGCAUAAUAAAAAGCCCCCGAACAUACUUGUAACAGAGUCCGACAAAUGUCAACCAAGGGUAGCAUCUUGCUCUUACAGUUAUGUAGAACUAGGACAUGUAUCUGUUUCAAACACUCUUAAGAAGGAGGAUCCUGAGGAAAGUACCAAUUCAAAAUCUGUUUGUGAAGAAAUAUACACCACACCAUCACAAAGGUAUCAAGAGCCAGACAACAGAGGACAUACUGUUUUAGGCAUUUCAAGUCAUGAGAGCAUAGAAAAUAAUAAAUGUGAUGGAAAAAAAAAAAUUGCCUACUCACUUAGUAUCGGAGAAAUAGUCUGCACUACCUCGAGUACCAUUUUGCACAAACAGUCGACCAUGGAAGAUAAUCUGACUACAAGUCGAGUAGCAUUGCAAGAUAAACACCUUGUAACAUUGUCUGAACAAAAGUUGCAGCGUCAGAAGAAAACUACCCCUACUAAUCGAGCACGGCUAGAGUCAGACUACAGGAAAGAAGAGGUAGAGUUUGCGCACACGCCAUCCCUUCUAAACACUGGAACCAACACCUGCAAGAUGUCAGAAGCUGAGAAAUUCAAUACUGAUCUGUUCGAGUCAGACACAGAGAUGACUGACCAGGGUGUUCUAGAUCAUCUGGAAAUAGAACUGGAGCAGACGAGAUCCAUUACGAUAACUGAAUCUAUGACACGAAAUAUGGCAGAUGAUGCAAAUGGGGCUCUCUAUUCUAAAGUUGAUAAGCUCCAAAAGGAAACGUUGAGGCGUGAAAAGCUGAUUCUUGAGUUGGAGUCUAAACUCCGGCUGUUAGGCUCUCAGGUGAAGACUCAAACUGACUGCACACAGCUUGAAGAGUUUCAGAUGCUACCCAGUACCAGUACUUAUGAAAAAAACGUCAUCCAUGCCACAGAAGAGAGGACAAAAAUACUCCAAAAUAAGUGUAAGCCAACAUGCAAAGACCGAGAACGGCUAGAGAUGUUGCAGGCCGAGAACAAAUCAGUGAAAGAGUUUCUGGUGAAGACCAGGUGUCUGCUCACAGCCGAAACUAAUACGCGACUGAUCUCAAGUUAA